UUCAGACCACCAUACUCAAUCCUCAUGGUCUUAUCGACAUGAAAUCAGAGCAUGGAACCUUCUUCGUCUUCGACAACAACAGCAGCCACUUCUGCAGAGGUGCAACCACCAGUUCCAACGCACUUCUUCACUGAACUCUUUACCCUGGAUCAUCUUGUGAUGACGUCAAGCUCGUCAAAGAGAUCGCGGCUCACCUGCAUCGCAGUCUCGCCGCAUUUUCUCUUCCUUGGCACAUCAACAGGAGGAGUAUCGGCAUAUUCCCGGUAUGCAUCUGCUCGUAAACGUAUCAAAUCUCCGAGUGGUCCCUAUCACUUCAUCAACACCAAAGAUGGGCCUGUGAGCACUUUGUGUGUGAACUUACAAGAGGGCUUAGUCGCCGUUGGAAACGAUAGUGGUCGUGUUCAUAUAGUGUCGUUCUCGGCGUCUUCACCGUCUCCGAUUAUACAAACUCUUACGAAAGACACUAGAAAGCUAGACAAGGUCACAAGUUUGGUCUGGUCUGAAGAUGCUAAAAAGCUUUAUUCAGGACAUGCCAAUGGUGUUGUCAUGGCAUACCAUCUAGGCACGAAGUCGCCCUUCCGCACAGCUUGUACUGUCCUGGCUACAUUUAGUGAAGGAGAAAUCCUCCAGCUGGACGUUAGCGGCUCGCAGUUGCUAAUUUCCACACAGUUAGCCACCUAUGUCUACGAUUUGGAAGAGAAAACAACCACACAAGUGGGCAAAAAACCACGAAGUGGUCGGAUGGGCGCAUGCUUUUUUCCCAUGUCUGGUUCAUCUUCUCAAGUGGAUAAUUCGGCGUUCGUGUUAGCUGCGCGGCCUAAUGGUCGCGUUUGGGAAGCAAACACGGCUGGCGUGGUUUAUCGAACGCAUCAGCUACGAGAAAACAGCGCAAUACCACGUCCACCCAUCAUUUCUUCGCGAACCGACUACAGUUGCGACAUGACCUUGGUGUCAUCUGCGGCGGCGAACUCCAAUGAAGACGUCCAGCUUGGCGUUCUACAUCGACUUGACGUUGAUGGAAACUCAUUCAUCUUGUCAUCUUCUGGAUCUAAAAUGAUAGUUUUCGAUGUUGAUCAGUCUAAAAUAAUCUUGGUCAAUGAGUUGGAAGAAGAGAUACAAUGUCUUUGCGUUUGUGCUGCGGAUGUUUUUGUCAUCUUUCGCAAUUUGCCAAUACCGCGCAAGUACACUCUUUGCGAUCGUGAGAUGGUGGUUAAAAAGUUGCUGGCGAAAUCUCUCGCUGUACAGUCUGCACAAUUUGUCCUUAGCUGGAAAGCCUGCACAUGGCCGGAUGAUGUUCUAAAUCAUAUUGCUGAAUCUCUUUCUAAAUGUCCUGGGAAGGCAAAUGUCGAGCGAUUACGAGCAGAAGUAAUGGGACUCCUGGAGCAGCAAAAAUCUGAGCUUCACAGGGACACCAAGGCUAUCGUGGUCGCAGACAGUCCAGUUUGUGUACGUCUACCAUCUGGAAUUCAUCGAGUUGUGAACAAGAUUUCCGAACCACUUGAUGAACCUCCAUCGGAGGCAGAUGCACUUCCUCGAAGGAAGCGUUAUCGAAGCAGAAGCUGCGCAGCAACAAGAACCUCAUCAACCCAAAUGCCAAAAAGGAAGUCUUUUCCGCAAAUCAUUCUAAGUGAGAAAGUCAAAAGAAUCCGGGAGUCUCGCAGUGAAAUUGUUAGUAGUGAAUCAUUACGUACACUUCUACAAUUGCGAAGUCGUGACAUGCUAGACGCCGUGAAAUUUGUACCAACCAUAACCAUUGGGAACGCUGCUAAGUCCCUUGCUGCCCUUGCUAUCGCAACUCCCAUAAAUUUUUCAUGUUUGGUGCCAGCUGAGGGUCGUAAGGUCACAGACGAUGGAAGAAAAGCAGUUAAGCGACGCAGUGGGCCAAGUAUUGUGAAAGCAGUGAGGCCAUGUAAAACAAAGCCUGUAGCUUCUGUUCGUCCACUGUUGUCUCGCCGUUCUGUCAAGCCUUUGGCUGCUGUUCCUACUGAUGAGGAUCGCCACAACAAUUGUGAGAACUCAAACGACAUAAAACUCCCGUCAGCCGUUUCGGAAACCACUACUGAAUGUGUCAUUGCUUACAAUGAUGGUGAAAAUAAUGUGGAUUUGAACCUGGUGAUGGAUAGAUUAACGCAAAUUCAAAUACAAAACGUAACUAAUGACAAUGCUCCUAUCAAUGGCACACCUCACAUCGAAGAAAUUGUAGAACCUCCGCCUGCACCAUCAUCUAGUUCUGAUUGUUGUGAAGAAUGUAAAAUACACAGAUCAUGGCCAGCGGCUGCAAUGCUAGCAAAAGUCUGCAGACGCGUCAAAAUAAACAAAAAUCAAUUCAGUUUUGGUGCUGUUCCAUCUUUGCACAGUGACUGGAAACAACUUCUCGAAUUUCGAUUUACCACUAAACAGAGUAACACCUCGCCAUGUGCUCGAUGUGAAACUGCUGUCUGCAGCUGCCUAUCCAUAUUUGGACAAGGAUCGACGUUGCUCGAUUUCGUUCCGGAGAAGGUCAGACCUAAUCCGAAAACAAUUUUGGAACGAUGUACAUCGAUAGAUGAGGAUCGUAUGUCACGGAUACUUUUUGAGGAAUCCGCGUCGUCGCCCAGUCGAACAGCUGAUGAAGUGCAGUUAUCGAAUAAUUCGUCUACUGCUACCUUGACAAACGGCAGCCCAGCCGCAAGUCCCUCUAAAGAAAUCCCGCGAAGCAAGCUACACAUUGACGAACACCUCACGCCUCUCAGUUCUUUUGAGUGGCUAUUGGCUUUGGACGCUAGAGUGGUUUUUGCCAUUGCUUCCUUAGUGCUGGGAUAUCAAGAGCUUAUUUCGUUGAUAAAAGAGAGCCAAGUAAUUCUACAUUUGUUAUUGCCCGAACAUUGGUCUGCAUUGUCUUUACUUGGUGUUAGAGAACAGGCAAUGAAAAAGGAUAGGAUAAGCGCAAAGGUUAUCACUGAUGUACUCCAAGAGUUUAAUUUGUCUAAUUUAAUCAGUGUAGAGCCAUAUAAGGCAAGUCCUGCUAAGCGGGAUGGAUUAUAUAAGCAAACUCCUAUGUAUAGCUGGAUUAUCGAUUGUAAUAGUUCUUGUCUCAUCUGUACCUUAAGUCUGAAAUCUGAUGUCAGUAACAAAGAUCUCGCGGUCACAUCUUUUAUAUGUGGUCAUUCAUAUCACACUGUUUGCCUCAUCGGGCGAUCUGGCGGAUGCUUGGCAUGUCGAAUGCGGAUGAGGAAUGCAAACGCACGUCGCACCUCUCAACCGUCAAAGUCGUAGCCCCGAGGUUGAAUUCGAAUCGAUACGUUUAUGUUUUUGCACUAGAGAGUAGUGUUACAAGGAAACUUGAUCGAUUGCUUCUGUAUCCACGCUCAACUUCUCACAACUUUCCUUUUGGUUUAUAGAAUCAGUUUCGCUUCUUUUCUUAUCUAAAAUUUUGCUACAUAGUUUGCUUCUCUAGUCAUAGCCACUACUAUGCAUUCAGUGCUCUCUAAAUAGGCAUAAGAGCCAUCCUAGCGCGAGUAACUAUAAUCCGGUACUACUAUUAUUACUACUAUUACCGCACUUUACUGUAAUUUAGAUAACUUCACAGGGUAGAAACUGUGCAUUAUAGUAAGUAUGAAAGUCUACCUUCCAUCUUUGAUAUCUCCUUUCUUCAUGACAUCUUAAUUAUCUUAUCAAUAUGAGCUCUUCUUUGAUAUCAUUAGAUUCGUUGCCCAACUAAUUUUGUGCUACAAUUUGCCUUGAUAUUCUCAGGAUAAACCGGGAGAUUGUCUGCUUAAACUGCUGCUGUGUUAUUAGAUUGCUAUAUGUGUCACUUUUGUACUACUAUAAGAAUGUAUAUGCACUUUAUUGAAUGUUAGUGACAUAUGGUCUUUGAAACAAAAUCGACGUUAGCCAAGAGAAAUAGAGCUUGUCGGAAAAAAUAACAUAAACCAACCAAAAAAUACUACGAGAACCUACACUGAAUAACGAAC